CCGGCACCAUGAGGAACGGCGAUGACCUGGAAGGCUUCGACGGCGAGGCGUCCAGCGCCUCCAUGAUCUCGGCGGCCAGCAGCCCCUACCAGCCCACCACGGAGCCUGUCAGCCAGCGCCGCGUGGGCGGCCUGCGCUGCGACCUGGACUACCUGCGGGGCACCUUGGGCAGGCUGAAGCUGGCCGAGGUGCUUUUGGCGCUGACCGCGUUCAUCUGCAUAGAGACCAUCAUGGAAUGCUCCCCUUGUGAGGGCCUUUAUUUCUUUGAGUUCGUGAGCUGCAGUGCACUGGUGGUCACCGGGGCUCUCCUGCUUUUGUUCAGUCUCAACCUUCACACAAGAAUACCCCAGAUCAACUGGAAUCUUACUGAUCUGGUCAACACUGGACUCAGCACUUUCUUCUUUUUCAUUGCCUCUGUAGUACUGGCUGCUUUAAACCAUAAAACUGGAGCAGAAAUUGCUGCUGUGGUGUUUGGUUUCCUGGCCACGGCAGUGUACGCUGUGAACGCGUUUGUGGCGGUUCAGAAGUGGCGGCUGAGCAGCCGGCAGCAGAGCAGCCGCCAGAGCAGCGACUACAUCCGCGCUCGCACCGAGUCCCGGGAGGUGGUGCACCGGCCCGAGAUCCAGCGCCUGGACGCGUGACAGCCACCCCGGUGGCACUGAAAGGGAAAGCAGCUCUCAGCUCCCUCAUGGAAUAAGGGUUUUGCUUUAUUUAAGGAGGAAAAGGUGGAUCCGAGGGUGGCGAGGAUGCCCAGCCCUGCACGUGUGCAGAGAUGUGUUGAGCCAGAAGCUGCUGUCAUGGAGGCAGAAAAUGGUGGUGGUUCUAAAGGAAGAUCCCCUCAAGGCCUCCACAUAGACAUGGGCAUAUAUUAUAUAGCUCACAGAAGAUAUAAUAUAUGUCUGUUCUGAAGUGUGUCAUUGCUUUGGAUUAACUGCACGGCAGUUCCCUUCCCUCUCUGAAGAUCCGCUGUUCCUUCAGCUGCCCCGGGACAGAGCGGCCCUGCCUGGCUGGGUGAGGGAGGAGGGACACCCACGGAGCAGAUGGAGCACCCAGACGUGCCAAGGAGCCAGGGGCACUCAGCAAUAACUCAGCCAGCGGGGCCUGUCCAUCCCAAACUGUGUCUGUCUGUCUGUCCUCCUUGUGCCCUGACUCUGCACGCCUGCCUGCCUGCCGGAGACCCGUGCCACGAGUUCUCAUGGCCGCUGGGGAAGGGCCGCUGCCGCUCCGGCCCGGGCUGAGCCUGGGCCGCUCGCUGCUGGCCACGGGGAUGCACUGAGGGGAAGGAGGUGGGUGUCUGCUCGGGUUGGGACACAGUCCAGUUUUCAUUCCAAAAUGGGAAAAUAAAUAUGUUUAGGAGAUGGGGUGGAGAAAAGAGGCUCAAGGGGCACAGUAGAGAAUGAAGGGGUUGUCAUCCUACAGACUUACAUUCCAGCCAUGGCUUUCUUUUUCUUUUUCUUUUUUUUUUCCUUUUUUCUUUUUUUUUUUUUUUUUUUAAGGUUCAACAUUUCUGGAAGUUUUUGCUAGAGCUUGCUUUCCCUCCAAGCCCAGGGUAAGCAAGAGCUAGCAAAAAUUUAUGUGCUUUUAAAGCGUUCCUAAGGUUGCAAUGUUGUGAUUCAUGUAAGGUAAAUAUUUCUUUUUGGAAGAAUGGUUGUUCUAAAAUUAAACCUUAAUUGGUAGUAGGUGAACCUGAUUUUUAUUUUAACUGGGUGUUUCUGCAGAUUUAUUCCCCUUAGGAUUCUUUGAAAAAUGAAUUUAGCUAAUUGGAAAAUAAUAUGAUUGUAUUGAUUUGUUUAGAAGUAGUUUUACUUAGCUGAAGUUUUUUUUCAAUUUUCCUUGUACUUCCAGUGAAUGAAUUACCUUUUCUCUACUCAGAACUCAAAUUCAGGAGUAAUUGGAUAGAUAAUGUCACAAUAUUAUUAGGAAGAUAUCUCUUGAUAUUUUCCUGUUUCUUUGGUGUUCUCAUCUCUUUAGUGCAUUAUUUGGCAUUUGUGUGCCUGUGUGAAGACAGUGUGUGUAGGAGGAGAUCUCUAGAACUGAACUCCUUUGUGGUGUGAGGAAAAUGAAAAUCUGUGCAAUUAGUGGGAUGGUUUGCCAUGUAUGACUGAGUUUGUAUGUCCUGCUGGAGCUGCACUGCUCAGGGUGAGUGCAGCACCUGGAGCCUUAAGAACAGUGGGCAGUGUAUUGUGGGUGAGGUGUUUAACAUGAAAGCCAGGUUACACCGAACAGGAGAUCAGGAGAAGUGCCUGGAUAAUAUUGGAGGUAUUAUAAUACUUUUUUAUAAUUCUGGAGGGAGCUGGGAUAGUGAAAGUGUGAACCUAAUGCUGCAAUAUUCAAAUUGAGCAGCAGAGAAUUAUUUUGAUGAGUGAAAAAAAGGUGACAAAGGUGAUGCCUUUCUGUUUUCAAUGUAUUGACAUCUCUAGUGCAUUUCACCUCGGUGGCUAAGAUGGAGAUUAAAAUUCAGAGUUACUGAUGAGGUUAAGGAAAAUUUGCAUUUUCUUAGUGGCCGAUGGCUUUACCAGUUCCUACAGUAACAUUUUAUUCUGCUUUAUUGGAUGUUAUGCCAAAGGGAGCACCAGUUUAAAAGAAGAUUGAACCAACUCUUGGUGCUGGGUUAGAACAGACAUUCCACAGAGGGUUGUCUCACCUGGGUGCAUUCCCCGAGCAGUACAUGGCAGAUCCAUGGCCGGUAUGGUGAGAAAUAACAAUUUGUUAUUGCCAGAACUGCUGUGACAGCCCUGCUGUUUGCCAGCGCUGCCCAGGACUGGCAGAGUUUGCAAUGUCAAUUAUUGAAAGACUUUUUAAAAGUAGCACAAGUGUACCUGACCAGGAAUUGCAAACUGCCAUCAAAGCAGUUUGGAUAAAGAUUGUAAAAAACCCCAAGCAAACCCAAACCAGACAAAACAAAAAAAAACCCCAAAACAUCCUACACCAAAAUCAAGGCAAACCCACCUACUGAAAUACAAAAUAGAGUUCUCCAGAAGAUCCAUGCUUUUAGAGUGGAGCUGCCAUCUGAAAUCAGGGAACGGGAUGGUGUCACAAGGGCGUUUUGUCAGGAGUGUCCUGUCACUGGCCCGGGCUGAAGGAGCAUUCCCAGAUCCUCUCCUGUGCUCCUGAGCUCGUUGAGGUUGGGCAGAGCUCUGGGAGCUCUUGUGCCUCUUUAGGUUUAUGAAUUUAGGACCUUUCAAACCCUGCACCUCUCCUGGCCUAGAAGAAGGGUAACUUGGGGUUUUUCUGUGGAGAGAGGUCCCAGCCCUGUCGAGCUGCAGUGACGGGAGCAGAGUGGGGCAGUCACACCUCCAGUGGGGGCUGCUGCAGGCGGGUUGAGUUUCCUGCAGCUGGGAAUGCCAGGAUUCAUUACUCACAUCAUGUCCUGAGCCUAGCACAGCUCUCAGGGUGGAAUCCAAAAGAGAAGAGUAAUUUAAAAAACACUGUCUGAUUCACUUCAUGAAACAAAAGCAAAUGUAAAUGUGUAAUUUCCUUAUUUUUGGGACCAAAGAUGAUUUUAGUAUUGUAUAGUAUAUACUUUCUAAAAAAUCUUAAGCACUUACUGCUCUGCAGAGACUUUAUUUACUAUUUGGAUUAUAUAGAAGGGAAAUAGAGUAGCUGUGAGAGACAACUACAUUUGAAAUAUGAAGAUCAUUUGAUGUAUCCAUGGCUCAUUUCCCCUGAGUUAAUUUUACACAGUGUAUUGGAGAGGUACUUUUUUUAAGACUGUUACCUAAAUUGCAGUCACACAAAAAAACCCUUAAGGAAGAAAAAAGGGUAGAAAGUUUAAAUUUUUUUUAAACUUGCUUAGAGAAGUGACAUUAAAUUGCUUCUCUCAGCCAGUUAGUCUUGCUUGCAAUUUCUUUUAGUCCUUAAGGGUGCUGUUUAGCUCCAUAAAGGGACUCAAACCCCACUGUAAAUAGAACUCAAUGAAAGCAAACCGUUGAGCAUGGUAGGAACAGGAUGCUUGAAACAGUAACAGCUUGGAUGAGUCCCCUUUGGUCAAAGACAGCCCUCAGACCUGGAGUCUGGGUGUAUUUCUGGGUGUAGGCAUGACUGAAUUCUGCAGCCUGUGCACAGACACCACAAUAUUACACAGUAAGCUCUGCCUGGAGCAGCAGCAGUGUGGGAGCUGUUGCUCAGUGCUGGAGGAGCCUCUUUGCCUGUCCUGCACAGUUUGUCAGCCUCAGCUGAGGUUGGUGCCACAUCCUUGAGCUGUACAAACAGCCCCAGCAGGAGCUCCUGAAGCCACAGAGGAACUCACGUGUCUGAGUAAAGCCAGUUCCUUCUUCCUUUCCCCCUUUUCCUUUCAUUUGGAAUAUUCGUGCCUCAUGGAUCAAAUGCUUUAAUGUUUAAUUCUUGCUAAGCCUCAUUUGUUGGUCUGUGCAGUGCCAGGAAGAUCAGAAUGUGUCCAAUAUCCCUUGAUUUCAGCUGUGGUGCUCUUCCCUUUCCUGAUGGCUUAGGAGGUUGGCUGGGUGUUCUUUAUCGUGGAACUGUGGAAAGCUGCUGUGAGAUUCCUGGUGGGAUCUUGGGAGGGGUAGAGAGUGAUCUCCCUGUGCCUUCUGAGAGACAGGCACUGGCUCCAGAGAUCUGAGAUUGCAGUCUGUGCUGCUCACUGGAUUCAGGAGCACAGCAUCAGCAAAGAUCUGUGCCUUGGCAGCAGCUCCUCAUCUUCCAGUUAUAAGGUGUCUUUUACAUGGGAUUUCAGUAAAGGAGCAGCGUGUGCUGCUCUUUCCUUGGCUUCGUCACCUGUUGUGACAAACACUUCCCAGUGUUUGUCACUCUGGUCUCAUGGCAUGCUCUGGAGUUGUUUCAGCUCUCUGUAUUUCAUUGCUGCUUCCCGAAAGAGGAGGGAAAGGUUCCCACUCCUCCCUGAGGCAGCAGUUUUAGUUCCCUCUGUGAAUUAUUGUGUCCAUGUGCUGAUUGUCCCCUCCUGCCAGGGCAGAGCAGUGGUUCAUGGAGUGCUGUGCACGCAGCAGAGAGAGGAUCUGUGCAGGCUGCACUGGACUGUUCUGGUCAGUUAACCACCAGCUUUUCAUGAGCUUUAAGGUCCCCAAAUGAAUUUGGUCACCUCUCUGCUAUUUUGGGGAUGUGCAGGCACAGCAAAUGCUUACCUAAUCUGUGGCUUUAUUAAGGCAAUUCUUUCUUCCUCCCUCUUCCUCAGGCCUCUUUCUGUAUCUGUUAUCUUCUUGUCUUAUGUCACGUUGUAAUAAUUUCUACGUGUUUUCUUUCAUGAGGGAAAAAAACUCACCAAAAAUCUAAAAUAAGCAAGAAUAGUGGUUUUAGGGCAUAAUUUAAAAAUGAAAACAAACUUAAUAGCAGUUCAGAUAGUGUAGGAAGUAAUAUGGUCUCUCCUACUCAGUUGGGAUACUGAUCAGCUUUAUCCAUGGAGGAGCAUGAAGAACAGAACUGUCCUGAAAGCUCUGGAGCCAAAGCUCUUUGGUAGGCACUCAGGAUAAUAAAAAGGCACAGUCUGAUAAGGGAUUGGAGAUGUGAGAAGGACACUUGACAAUCCAGAGCUUUCAAAGUGAGACAUGAACAGUAAGAACCCACAGUGGCCACAGCAGGCAUGGGGAUCUCAGGGGGCUGGGAAAGAGCUUGGAUUGUCCAGAGGGGGAUCCGGGCUGCUCCCUGCUCAGUCCCAUGGGGAGGAGGAAAGCCAAGGUCUGGCACUUCUGGAAAUCAGGCACUUGGCUUGUGUUGUUUGUAGCAUGAAAUGAUGGAUUGUUCAUUGUCUGGAGGGCCAGCAAAGCUCAGAAUUACUGUGCAGGUAGGGGUGUCCUGUGUGCAAGUUUUAAUGGCAACAAAAGCAUUUUAAAGUGAUCCUGGAAUCGGUACAAAAAUGCACGGAAUGUGUGAAAAUACUUCGUAGAAAUUAUGCCCUGUUCCUCUCUUUAUUUCGACAGAGGGAUUGGUUAAAAUGAAUUUAUACACGUACUCAGGAAAUCUCUGAAUGACAUUUUAGAGGGUUUUCCUGGUAUAUUAUUUUCCCUGUCAGGCACUUGGCCACCUUGAUAAAUCUGCUUGACCAAGUCAGAGUGGUGCUGUCCAACCUGAAAGGGUUCCUUUGUUUUGGUCUUUUUUUUUUUUUUUUUGGGGGGGGGGUGGGGGUUGUAUUUUAAAAAUGUGUCUAUAAUUUAACCAUUUGUAUGCUAAAAAUAAUCUUUUUAAAAAAUCUGCUUACACUGUGAUUUCUGGUAGCCUUUAAUUUAGAGUAUACAGCAAUCUAAUUUUCUUUUGGGAUAUGCAGCUUUCAGAAGUAUUCUUAUAUAUGCCCAGAAAUGAAAGUUGUCUAUUUAUCAUAGGGAUGUGAUUAGAUAAAGGAACCUAUCCAGAAUCCCAGUGCAGCUCUUUCAUAUGUGCUGGAUGGACUAGUUAGUGAAAUUGCCUUUUAAUCUCUAUGGGUUAAUAAAUAUUUUUUAUAACUAGCCACAGAUAUUCCUUUUUAAAUUAUACUUGGCAAACAGAAGAUAUUUAAUUUUAUAUACAAUAUACAUAGUUACCUUGAUUGACAUAUUUAUAACAUAGAGCUUUGUGUUUACUAUGAAGGUUUUAUCUGUAUCCCGUGGACUUAAUGGGUAAAACUUUAAAAGGUCAGUUAGCAUUUAUGGAAGGUUAUGGGAACUUUCUUCAUGGCUUCACAGUGACGACAUAGGAGCAUUUAAAAGGCAAUAGCCAGAUUGUUUUACAGAGUAUCGGGGCGGGGGGGGGGGGGAGGGUGUCUAAUUUUUUGAUUGGGGCUGGUCCCUGCAGCUAUUUUAAUAACAUCUGGAUGUGAGUAACAGAAUGGAAUAUGAGCAUCUGCCUCUUCUGACUCUCACAGGCUAUUGUCUAGAGCACAGGAAAUUUCAGGGUAUUGUAUUGUUUUGCUUUGGACAAAUGUCUCAAUAGACCUAUUUAAUUAAAACCUUCAUGUGUCUGAAAGAAAACAUCCUCUCUUAACUAGGCUGAUUUAUCACUUUUGGUACCCUUUUAAUCCCAAAAGCAGUCUUGUCUGAAUAUUUGUAGUGAUGUUCCAGCUGUCCUGAUGUCUGCAGGUUAAAGUGGUCCUGGCUAGCACCCCUUUAUUAUAAGAAUUGCUACCUUCAUUUUUCUACUGUUUCUACUUUAAUCUUGAAUGUUCACCAGUUUCUAUUGUUGGAUCUUGUGGAGGGAGAGUGUCUUAGCACUACACCUCAUCCAGCUUUAACUCGUGCAUCGCAGUCCUGGAGUAAGAAAAUAUUUUGAAUUAAAUAUUCUGGCCAAUUUAUUUCAUUUUAAAAUUACUUCUCUACUUAAGACACAACAUUUAUGACAUAAUAGGACGAAUGACUUAGCUAAUCAUUGUAUCUGUCUAGACUUAUUCUCUUUUGUGUUAGUGUCAUUUUGAAACUAUUUGUAUAUGUUGAAGUUUGUAAGGGUUCAGGAACCCUCAAUAAAAUAGUAAAGUAUGUAUUUAUUUCUCAUUAUAAUGCUCAAAUUUGAUUUGUAUGUCUUUUCACAGAAUUGUAAACAAAUACCGAAAACUGCUUCACCUAGGGUGCCUUCCAUGUGUGGUACUAACACUUGUCAUUCACAGGAAUAGAAAUGUAAAUUUAUGAAUCCAGUAAACACUAUUUUUUGUAAUGUGAGUCACUAAUGCAGCUCUGGCCUCACUGUGCUUUGUUCCCACCACCAGCAGGUUUAUGGCUGCUGUGGUCACUGCCUUCCCUCUCUGUGUGCACUGGAUCUGACCCCUGGGGAGUCGCAGGCUGUGUCUCCUUUGCUCUGCCCUCAGCUGCCCCCCGAGCGCAUUCCUGGUGCUCCAGGUUCCCUUCCUUGGGCCUUGUGGAGGGAUGCUCAGUGUGGGGUGUCUGUAUCCUCAGGGCUGACCCUGGCUUCUCUAGACCGACUCUGCAGCCCAACCCAAACAUUCCAAUUCUAGCUCAUAAUUUAUGAUUUACAGCUUCUGAGGAGGGAGCAUCCAGGCCUGACCAAAAGACUUCAUCUCUCUGGGUUACAGGGGCCGUAUUGACAGGUUUGUAAUUGCAAACGGCUCAGAGGUAUUAUGGAAACACCAGGUUAGAAUUCCAAUCAGGCUGAGCAAAGGGGAUGCAAUUUUCCUUUUAUCAUGAGCACAAGCCUGCUGUGCAAUACCCUUGGUACUUUGCUUUUGGAGUACAGCCUGCAGUGCUCUGUCCUGGAGAACCCUUGGUGCAUCUCUGUGUGGUGCGAGGGCAGCCCCCGGCUGUUGUCCUGCCCUGGGCAGUGCCUCCUCAGCCAGGGGCCAGGCCAGGGCUCCCCUGAGCGCCAGAGCCUGCUGCAGGACUGCGGGGCUUCAGCAGGCAGCACGUUUCCCUGGAGACAGUUCACAGCCCUGGAGGAUUUCCCGUUGUUCUGCAGAGGCUGGAGCUGCAGCAGCUGCUCCAAGGUGGUGCCUCCAGCUGGGAGCACCUUCCUGUGUGCCCAGAGCUGGAACUCACUGCUGGCAGAGCAGCAGCAGCAGCUCUGGGUGGGAAAGGUGUCCUGAGAAUGCUUGACCAAGCUCAAAGACAAGGUACUCUCCAAGAAAACACAACCUCCUUGUGUAGCUUGUUUCUACACCAGUAACCAUCUUUCAGAUGUUGAGUUCUUUCUUUGGUGUCUGUGCUAAUCAAAAAACACAAGCUGAAGAAUUGUAAAGUCUUGCAAUACACAAAGCAGUCUUGGUUUUAAAAUCCAUGCUGUUGCAGCAUAAUUUAAAUUGUGUAUUUAUCAGUUUUAAAUGUCAUUUUGCUUUUCCAGUCUUUUGUAUAUGGGCACAAUACUUUUUGUAAAUUUUUUGUUUUAUUUAGUUGUCUUUCUGUCUUUUCUUUCUGGUAUUGGAAGAUUUGAGCUCUCUGGGUUUUCACGGUACUCUUCUGAUCAUUCUUCAUAGUGGUAAAAGUCUGUAUUUUUGUAUGUAGGAGAAAUUGAAGUUUUCUAACACUUAUCCCAAUCAAUAUAGUACGGAAUCAUUUGUGAAGGACUUCCUGUUUAAUAAAUGGACAUAUUAAAGUACUAAAA